AUGAGGGGCCAUCAUCCCGGCGGCUCGGAGCUGAACGAUACAGUUACAAGUCUGUCCACAUAUGCAGUUAAAAUGAGCAUCGUGGGGUUUCUCACAGGCACAUGAGUCCUCCUGCAAGGCCAUUUCAUCUCCCCUCUGGGUUUGGAUGACCUCCUCUACUUUUUGUUUUUAUCUUCUAAGAUUCCUAAGAACCACUCAAGACUAAUGCCUUAAUUUUAUUAAAUUCUCCAGUACGAGUUCAGGGGCUUCAACUGCAUCGCAUUUCCCUUUUUCUCACCCUUUUUCACUUUAUGUGAAAUUAAAAGAAGCAUCAGAACAAUCUGGUCCGCUUAAUUAGACCCAAAUUGUCAUGUCUUCCAUCCUUCCCUUUACUCCUCCUGUUGUAAAACGCCUCCUGGGAUGGAAGAAGACUCCAGCCGGCAGCGGUGGAGCAGGAGGAGGAAUUGGAGGAGUUGGGGAGCAGAAUGGAGGAGGACAAGAAGAGAAAUGGUGUGAAAAGGCAGUGAAAAGCCUGGUGAAGAAGCUCAAGAAGACGGGCCAGCUGGAUGAGCUGGAAAAGGCUAUAAGCACACAGAACAGCAACACAAAAUGUGUCACCAUACCCAGCAAUUGCUCAGAGUUUUGGGGUCUUGGCUCAGGCCACACGAUAGACCAGUGGGACUCUGCAGGCAUGUACGGAUACCCUGACCACAGCAGGUCUCUGGAUGGGCGUCUUCAAGUGUCUCAUCGUAAGGGCCUCCCCCAUGUCAUCUACUGCCGCCUGUGGAGAUGGCCCGACCUUCACAGCCACCAUGAGCUCAGGGCCAUUGACACAUGCCAGUACGCAUUUAACCUCAAGAAGGAUGAAGUAUGUGUCAAUCCCUACCAUUACCAGAGAGUGGAGACGCCUGUGCUGCCUCCAGUAUUGGUGCCCCGUCACACAGAGAUACUGACAGAGCUUCCACCGCUAGAUGACUUUGCAAACUCCAUUCCUGAAAACACCAACUUCCCUGCAGGCAUAGAUCCUCCAAACAAUUAUAUACCAGACACUCCUCCUCCUGGUUACAUGAGUGAAGAUGGAGAAACCAGCGAUCAGCAGAUGAAUCAAAGUAUGGAAUCAGGCUCGCCAGCAGAAAUGUCACCGAGCACCGUGUCACCUGUCAGUCAUGGCUUAGACCUUCAGCCAGUCACCUACAGUGAACCGGCUUUCUGGUGCUCAAUAGCCUACUAUGAGCUGAACCAGCGCGUUGGAGAGACAUUUCACGCCUCCCAGCCGUCUCUGACUGUUGACGGUUUCACCGACCCCUCCAACUCCGAACGCUUCUGUUUAGGGCUUCUCAGCAACGUUAACAGAAAUGCAACUGUUGAAAUGACAAGGAGGCAUAUAGGUCGCGGAGUCAGGUUGUACUACAUUGGUGGGGAAGUCUUUGCCGAGUGCCUCAGCGACAGUGCCAUUUUUGUCCAGAGUCCCAACUGCAAUCAGCGUUACGGCUGGCACCCCGCCACAGUCUGCAAGAUCCCACCAGGCUGCAAUCUGAAGAUUUUUAACAACCAGGAGUUUGCUGCGCUGCUGGCCCAGUCUGUCAAUCAGGGGUUUGAGGCCGUGUACCAGCUAACCAGAAUGUGCACAAUCAGAAUGAGCUUCGUCAAGGGCUGGGGAGCAGAGUACAGGCGUCAAACUGUCACCAGCACCCCUUGUUGGAUUGAGCUGCAUCUUAACGGCCCCCUCCAGUGGCUGGAUAAGGUGUUAACUCAAAUGGGUUCACCCUCGGUGCGAUGCUCAAGUAUGUCUUAAACAGGGUGAGACUUCACAACGUUUGAGCGGUUUGUCCUAAAGAGACUACCAUGCAGUCUUAAGUGAUGUACUGACAACAUUAUGAAAAAAAAACUAAAGUAAAUAAAGAAAUGUCAUGUAGUGGACCUGAAGGGGGUUGUUAAGAGGGGACUUAUCUAAUAGACUACCGUAUUUUCACGGCCAUACCGCGCACAGAACGAAAAGGCGCAGUCUACACACACAUAUGGCGCGCCGCCUUACAACAACACACACACAAACAUACAAGUGCGCAUAUUUAAAAAUAGAGCGGGAGCAAAACUGACUUUGAUUGUGCUUUAUUUAAGUCUUUAUUACAAAGUAAAAUUUUUUAAAUCACCAAAUAAUGAUCAAAAAUUAAAACAAGCACAUUACCGAAUCAAAUAUCGUUGUCAGAGUCACUUUCCGUGCCGUGCGGCCCCUCGUAAAUGAUGCCGGCUUUUGUGAAAGCUUGAACAACAGUGCCAGCAGACACGUUAGCCCACGCAUCUACAAUCCAUUUGCAAACUGUGGCAUAACUUGCCCACUACUGCCUUCCACUCUUGUUGAAACUGUGGUCUCCAUCGUCAUCCAUCGCUCCCACGCCGCUCGCAGCCUUACUUUGAACGGCCGGUUCACACCGACGUCCAGUGGUUGGAGUUCCUUCGUCAGACCUCCCGGAAUAACAGCAAGUGCAGCGUUCAUUUGUUUCACUUCUUUUUUCACAUCGGCUGUGAGAUGGGCACGCAUAGAGUCAAAGAUCAACAGCGAUGGUGAUGCGUGGAAAAAAACACCUGGUCGCCUUACAUACACCUGCCUCUGCCACUCUUCCAUCAACUCUUCAUCCAUCCAGCCCUUUUCAUUUCAAACGUCUCUUUAGGCAAAGUCUUUCUCUUAAAAAUCACGACUUUUCAUACCCCGUUGUGCGAAUCGCUACCGUACUGGUCCCCUUCUUCUCCACCGUGUGACUCACCGGGAUGUCGAAAGUGAGCGGCACCUCAUCCAUGUUGGUGAUGUGGCUGGGCUGAAUACAAGUGUAUUUACACUUGCGAACCAUCGAUUCAUUAAUCUUAAAUUCUAUCGCGGCUGCUCGAUUUCCAUGUUCCUCCGCGUACUGAUAGCCAUCAGUUUAAACUGUGCUUCAUACGCGUGUCUCUUUGCCAUUUUUCAGGGUUGUUAAGACAACAAUGUUCUGCAUAAAGCACAUACCUGUUCUUUUAUACACGCCCAUACUUCCCCCUUUAACGUUCUCAUGGUGGUCUCAACUACGUCCGCCUUAUAAUAACAACACACAUAGGGCGCACUGCGCUAGAGGGCGCGCCGCACAUUUUGAAAACAAUAUAAGACGUUUAUAUGCGCCUUUUAUGGCCGUGAAAAUACGGGUACAGUGGAAUGUUAUCAGUAAUGUGGUCAAUGGACCUGAAUUCCAAUGGUUUGUACAAUGUCAGUAGACAUUGUAGUUAUCAUCAGCCUAAGGAUUUAAAUCAAGCUGCAAUAUUUGAAUAAAAAGAGUGAUAUCACAACGGACCAGUUGAGAUCUAUUUGAUCAAAAACAGAAACACUUGAAGCAGUACAGAUCCUUAUUCUCUCCAGAGAGAUAACAGCAGUUUCGGGGAUCAAGCAUGUUACCUAGUAAUUUUAGAUCAGUCUGUCCAUUCAGUAGUUCAGUAGUUGACUCUUCACUAUCAACCCACCACAGCACAACUUUUCGUCAGUGUCAGUGUUUCUGUUGUUUUACACCUGGCUGACCAACUACUGCCACUCCAGGCUCCUGUUCAACCAAAGUCGACUUCCAGCCUGGGACACGACCCCUUCCUGGUUCUGGUAACCAAACAUCCAUUCCAUGUUAUCUGAGGUUUUCCUCCCCCUUCCUUAGUUGGUCUUAUUGUUGUGAUAAAACACUGUCUUUGCUGGACUGCGCGGUCUUCAGGUCUUAAAGGGGAGAAUAAUAAAACGAAAAAUAUUCCCUGUUCCCAUGGUGCACGCAAAUAUUAUGUAAACACAGGACUUCUUUAUUUUGAAACAUAUAUAAUCCUCUGUUUACUAAAUGUAAGUUGACCUAGUCAACCACGAGUGUGUGGUGAAUCAAAGAAAUCAACUCCUUACUUUAUUCUAGGAGUUUCCAUUGUAAAAUCAGAUCAAUGACUGCCCAGUACAGAUACAUGUAAUCACUUAACAAGACCAUACAAUGUAUUACACCUCUGGAACUUCACCCAGCCCGUUUUUUAAAAAAAACAAGGACUUAGACUCAGUCAAAUGUUCCCUCCUGUUUUGAAACCUGGUUCUUUGAUCUCGGCGUGAUUCACCUCCCUGCAUGCUCUUACACUUUCUCUUACAUUCUUACAGUUACAAAAUGAGCAUUGUCUGGGUUUCAAUUUAGCACCAGAUUGGCCUACUUCUGUCUGACAGAUGAUAAGAAAUGCUUAUCUUUGAGAUUCCACAUAUGUUGAAAAUGCACAAGUUUCUUGAACUGAUGCACAGUUUUCCAAUUGACAAUUUAUCAAUAGGAAAAGUCCUACGUUGUAGGACUUUAAUAUAUGAAAUAGUUUCUAUAACUGUACUUGCACUGCCCCAAAUUAUGCACCCUUAAAGUUGCCUUUCAUGUAAAAUACAAUAUGCUCUGAACUCCGCAGAUAGAAAUGAUGAAAGCCCAUUUGAAGUCAAUUUUAUUUUAUUUUUUUUUCCCUCCAUUCACUGUACAAAUGAUGGUCCUUAAACUGUGUUUCUGAUGCAUUAUUUUGAGUUUUAAUGAGAUUUCAGAUCUAAAAACCAGCUUGUAUAUUGGUAUUUCAAAGUAUUCAAGCUUUAAGUGUUCAACAAGCAAGUUUUACUACACAUUUUUUAUUUUCUUCACACAAUCUUCUAGCUACAUUUUUGUAUUUGUUUUUAUAUAUACGUCGCAAAUAUAUUUAAAAUGUUCAAACCUUCCUCCCAUUUUUUAAAAAUAUUUGUCUUGUCCUCUGUUUGAAAUGAUUACAGCUUGAUGAUGACUUAUGUGUAUGUAGCAUGACAUAUACACUAAUAAUUACACUUAAUCUAAUAUAUCAACAAUUACCUUCAAUUCUCCAAAACGCAAUUCGGCUGCUAAAAUUUCAGACACGGCAGGGAAAUGUUAGAUCCAAUGACUUGUCUGGUAGGAUCCACUUCAACAGCCUGAAAAUGGAACGAUUGAAAUAUAAGAAAAUGCUUAUCCAGCAGGUCUCAGUCUUAGUUCAGCCCACUUUAACUUCCAGAAUACUUUUUAAGAAAAAAAAACAACAAAAAACAGUUUUCUUAGUCAUCUACCUGUUAGUCAUUUGUAAGCUGAAACCAAAUCACAGAUAAAAACACAAAAGACAUUAAAAACAAAUAAAUAAACAUGCAGAGACAAUAAUUUAAUGCUGUGAUGUUUUUGUUUCUGUUAAACUUCUUCAUCUGUCCAACUGUCCUAUAUGUAUGCUGGUCCGUAGCUUUCUUUUUUCCUUUUUCUUUCCUAAAGUAUUUGACUUGCCAGGGUUUAGUCAGUGUUUUACAGCCUGAAGCAAACGUGUGGUCUUAGUUUCGAGGUUGUUUUGUUACUCACCCGCUUGUCCCAUGCAUAUCGGUUUUAUUUGGACUCAAAAUCAGAACCCUGUUAGGAAACAGUGUCUUUCGCUGAUUUGUAGACUUAAUUUUAUGUGCGUAUUGCCAGAUUCCAGUGAAAGCCUUUGCAUCCACGUUUUGAUUUCUUUAAAUGAGUGCCACCUAAGAUUGUACCAGCUCCUCGCACCUUCAGAGGGAGGGUGGUCCCAAACAAGGUUCCACCAAGAACACUUCAACACAUCAUGAGGUCUGCAUUCCUACUUACAGAUCAUAUUGUAUUUUUUUUUUUUCUUUCAAAUUUUUAUUGUGAUGACAAUUGUGUAUUCCAAAAUAAGCCUCUUUGUAUUGAGUCUCUUCAGAAAGUGGCUUUUUGGAGAAAGUGAAGUUUCUACAUGCCACUAGUGAUGUUAUAUAGUUGUACUUUUUAUUUUUGCAUACAUGUUGUUUCUUCUGCUUGCUAUCAACAAAGCAUACUCACUAGACAACAAUCUGUUAGAAUUUCUGUCUUCUUCAAACAUUAAUAUUCAUAGACUUUCCAACUAUCCUACAUUUAUGACUUCUUAAAGUGUAGACUAAUAAAGCUGUUUUAAUUCA